UAAUCCAUUACUUCUGACAACUUUUACUAGGCUGAAGUCCAUUGAUUUAGUGUGCAUGAAGAAACUAGACAGCAAAGUGAACAUCAUCCCAAUUAUUGCUAAGUNNNAUUUGCUGUUUAACAUAUCGUUUCCCAUCUAUUGGAUACAGAUCAUGAGUGAACUUGUGAGUAAUGGUGUACAAAUAUACCAGUUUCCAACGGAUGACGAAACGGUAGCAGAGACUAAUUCAUCCAUGAAUAACCACAUACCUUUUGCUGUUGUUGGAAGUACAGAGUUCACAAAGUUAAACAACAAGAUGAUAAGAGCAAGACAGUAUCCCUGGGGAACAGUGCAAGUGGAAAAUGAGAACCACUGUGAUUUUGUGAAGCUCCGAGAGAUGCUUAUUCGAAUUAACAUGGAAGACAUGCGAGAACAGACCCAUACUCACCACUACGAACUGUAUCGAAGAAUGAGAUUAGAACAGAUGGGUUUCUCAGACAUUGGUGCUGAUAAUAAGCCAGUGAGCUUUCAAGAAACUUACGAACAGAAGCGACAAGAACACUUGCAGGCCCUUCAGCGAAAAGAAGAGGAGAUGAGACAGUCCUUUGUGGUACGUGUGAAGGAGAAGGAGGCUGAACUGAAAGAAGCAGAGAAAGAGGUAGCAUUCUUUCACUAA